UAAGGAUAAAUUUAUCAGUAGAUUUAAGACAGAUAAUGCAACCGCAUUAAAAAAUCUUACUGCAAUAGCAACCCAAUUUCUUUAAAAAACUUUAUUUGUUGCAUUAAAGAGAACUGCCGCAGUUUGCUCAAGCAGAUCACUUAUUGUUUCCCAAUUUCCAUUACACUUCAUAAAAUAAUAAAAUUGCUUGUUUUCUUUACAAAGAGAAUUAGACGACACCGGUCAAUAAUGUUGAUCCAGUCAUUGAAAGUAAUAAGGCGAGUACUCAGUAGGGGACCAAACUCCAUACAGUUACGAAAUACAAUGAGUACAGUAACACGGUUUCAGCCCUGCACUCAGAAUUUUAUUUUUCGACAGUUAUUUGACGCUACAAGUAGCACGUACACAUACUUGUUGGGAGAUGCUGACAGCGCAGAAUGCAUACUUAUCGACCCUGUAGUGGAACACGCCAAGCGCGACUUUCAACUCACCAAGGAUUUGAAUUUGAAAUUAGUUUAUGCAGUGAACACUCAUAUGCACGCCGAUCACAUCACUGGCACAGGAUACUUAAAGAAACUUUCCGGCUGUAAAAGCGUCAUAUCUCGGCAAAGUGGGGCGCAAGCUGACGUACUUAUCGAAGAAAAUGAUUUUAUAACAUUCGGCAAUCAGCGUUUGAAGGUCUUGUCGACUCCUGGACACACCAACGGCUGUUGUUCCUACUACAGUGAGCAGCAGGGUAUCGCCUUUACUGGCGACGCACUGUUGAUCCGGGGUUGCGGCCGUACUGAUUUCCAAGAAGGAAAUUCUGAAACUCUGUAUCGGAGUGUACAUGACAAGAUCUUCACCCUGCCAGACAACACCCGCCUGUACCCGGCUCACGACUAUAAAGGGCUCAUGGUCACCAGCGUUGACGAGGAGAAGAGAUUAAACCCUCGCCUGACAAAAACUAUGGAAGAAUUCGUCAAGAUUAUGGAUAAUUUAAAUCUGGCUUACCCAGCGCAAAUAGACAAAGCUCUCCCUGCAAAUAAAGUUUGUGGCCUUUACGACAUACCACCGGAAUAGUGCUGUAAAUUAAUUGACGAAGUUUGUAAUGGAUGGUAGCGGCAAGGUAUAAUAACUGUAGAUAAACUCCUAUUUUGGCGAGAUUUAUUUUUCGUACAUUAAUAAGUUAAACAACAUCAAAACAUACACGCUGAAAACAUGCGCAUGAUUCGAACAAAAAUAUAAAAUUCUUCAGAAAAUUGUGUUUAAGUUGGGUUGAAAAUAAAUGUAAAAAACAUUACCGUCCGGGGAAUCCUAAAACGUUUACGAGCCGUUAUAUUCGAUUUUUAACAAUCGCUUUGGUGGGUAUGUAGUCAUAAAAAUAAUUGAAACUCAAUUUCCGAUAUCGAAACCGGAUGCUGGUUUUAUUUUUUGAGUUGAUUUCGCGUUUUUCGCAGGCAACAAUAAAAUGUGUGCCGCCAAUAAUGAAGCGCCAUUAAAGAUACUACUGGCAGAUUAUAUUAAUGUCUUGAAAAGCGUCGUCAAAAAAAAUUCGGGUCUGGGUAGGCUGUGCAAAAAAUGUCGGAAAUUGAGUGUUUCAAUUGUGUGUUUUAUUAAUAUUAUGAAAGUGCGAACUCUGUUGUUAUAUUUGUUAGCUUACCAUUAUGAUAGAUUAGUCCAUGGAUUUACUGUAGUGUGCAAUAUAGUGUUUACGUAGUGAAAAUAUAUAUGUACGGAUAUUUUUAUAAUAUAUUUACAGAAUUAUUGUAGAUAAGAAAAAAGUAUUAAAAUAAAAAACAUUAUAACUAUGCCUAUUUGUUAGAUAUAGAAACUUUAUAUGUUGUGAUACUUUUUGUAUUGGUUGUAUAUGUAUUAUGUUGUUAAAAAAAUGAUAAAGUAAUUAAAAUUUGUUUAAAAAUAAGUUAAAACCAACCUUAAAACAUUAUACUUUUAUAUUAAAUGGAUCGUAGGUAGGAGUUUUUUAAUGUCUUAUCAAGAAGUUACAAGUAUAAAUCAGAUUGAAAGGAAAGUAAUAGAAAACUACCUAAAUAAAAUGUAUCAUCUUGUCAAAAGCUUUCACAUUUUCUUUUGUACGAUAUUGUUGAUGUAAUACGUGUAGAAUAUAGAGGUUGUUUUUGUUUAGUUUCAAGAUAUUUUUAUUAUACUUAUACCGAUAAAUAAAUGUGUAGUGUAUUCACAAAUUUAGAAUAAACUUGACUUGACUUAA